AUGGGCAUCCUCUCUAUUCUAAUCCUCAACAAGGCCGGCGGUUUAAUUUACCAACGCGACUUCAAUGAGGGUCUCAAAAAGCUCUCCUCAAAUGACUACCUGGUCCUUGCCGGUACCUUCCACGGUGUCCAUGCCAUAACCUCCCGUAUUUCUCCCGUACCUGGGUCGGGAGGAUUGGAAGUUAUGGAGAGUGAGCAUUUUAGGAUGCAGUGCUUCCAAACCUUGACUGGCACGAAAUUCUUAAUAUUCGCACAACCACAUCAGCCGAAUAUAGAUGUUAUUGUGAAACGCGUCUACGAGUUGUAUGCGGACUAUGUCAUGAAGAAUCCAUUCUAUCAGAUUGAAAUGCCGAUAAGAUGUGAGGCUUUUGAUAGGAAUUUGCUGGCGUACAUCCAGCCCAGGCAGUAG